GUUCCUUUAUAUCUUCAGUAUAGAGCAAAGAUAUGAAUACAUUUUACUAAUUGUUAAUAUUAGACUUUUUUUUUCCCAGCGUUCUAAACCAGACUGAAAGGCCGAUCGGUGCCUCAACCGUGGGGACUAGUUUUGAUGCAGCAGUACCUUAUCGACCUACACGUAUGGGUUGAACGUUACGACUCUUAGUACCAUACCACUACACCAUCCGUCUAACCAGCUUUUCUUUCACGGAUUUUUCAACCUUUCUGGUACAACUGCAUUCAAUGGAUGGCCCCUACCCCUCAGUUUUACUCCCAGUUCACGCUAUCUGGUUUCUCCUGCAUUUAACUCUUUUUUUCGGCGUCAAUUUUCGGUCAUAAAGCAAAACCGUACCGUUGAACCUCUUAGCUUCUUCUUUCCAUCUCUGGUUUGAUAUGUCCACUAUACCUGAAAAAGCCGCCGAGACUGUGACGCCAGCGAGAAAACCAGCUGUACCGGCGGAAAAAGUGAAGCCUAAGGGCUACUCUAACCCAGCGCUCCAGGCCAUGGGGAUUCCCCGCUUGCGUCUUCCGUCGCGUAACUGGAGCAUUUUCUGGGCCGUUCUCGGGCUUACCACCGGUGGGAUCGUCUACGACAAGUAUGAGCAGAAGCAGCUCAGAAAACGCUGGAUGAGCUACGUUCAGCCGCAGAGUGAGGCCGAGGUUGCUCCAAACGUGAAACCUAGACGUUUGACCAUUUUUAUCGCGCCGCCACCAAACGACUUCUUGACCGAGAGUUUGAGAUACUUUAAGCGCUACGUCAAGCCAGUUUUAAAUGCCGGUGGUUUGGACUUUGAGAUCUUCACGUCCGAGAGACAGGGAGACAUCAGAGUACACGUUGCCGACCAAAUCAGAGACUUGAGAAGAAACGCCACUGCUUUCAAGCAAGUUGAGUUGGUCAAGCAGAAGAAUGAAGCGUACAAGAGAAGCUGGGGUUACUGGUUCAGCAAGUUCAACGUGUUCAAGAAGAAGGAAGUUGUCGAUCCCAACGCGACCAAGUCAGUCAAGCAGUGCUACACUCCGGCAGAUGUCUUUGGAAUCAACUACAAGACCAAGCCGAUGGCCGUGGAGUACGAGGACGCGCAGUUUGAGAAUCCUCAUGAUGCCGGAGGAAUAAUCUGUGUGGGUAGAGGUGUCUACAAGGAGUACAUGAGAGGCGUCCACGAGGGCUUGUUGGGGCCGUUGGAGCAGCCAAAGGUUGAAAUUGUUGAAGCUGUCGAACAGGUUGUGGUUGAAGCCGAAACCUCUGCGGCCAUUCCUACCUUGGACACCACCUUAGCCCCUGCUACCGACGAAGCCUCUAAGAGCGAUUUCCGUUAUAACGGUGAUGUUGACGACUUGCCAAACGCCAACCUUAAGUCCAAGCCUCCAGUCAAGGCGCCAUACAUCUCCGCCGAAGACUACGCUACUGCUACCCUCGCCCCCGAAUUCAACUUUUCCACCACCAUCAGAGACCAUAACAACGUGCCAGUGUUCUUCGAACUGCCGAUUUUUGUGCUUCGCAUCCCAAACAUCUUGGGGUUCUUGAACUCGCCACAGCGUAUCUACCGUUUCUACACCAAGAGAUGGAUUGCCGAUGAAUUUAACAAGGGCGCCGUUGCCGUUGCCUUGAACGCCAAGAGGCCGUUUACUCCCGCCGAUGCUGACUUGGCGUUGGUUGAGGAAACUGACUGGCCAAAGAAAUGGGUUGCCAGCGGGAAGGAGAAGGCCAGUGAGUGGACCCGUGACUUCAAGGUCGACCACAGAGUCACCUCCAGAAUGUUUGUCUACGACGCCACGUUGCUCGAGCUUGGUGAAAAGAAGGAUCAGACCUAGGUGUCUGACAGUCCCAUGUAUAUAUUAAGAUUAUUUAGUCACGCGGAAAUUUGUAAGUGGCAGAAGGUGGGUUCAUCUGGUCACAAUUGUCGGGUAAGAAGGGCCGAUGGGGUGUACUCCAUUUUAGGUACUGAAUAGCUGUCUGGCUGUGAGAGCCCCAUAUUGGUAAAUACAAUCUAUCUGUGUUAAAUACAAUUCAUCUGUG